UCUCUGCCGUUGUUCCAGCCCUGGGCUAGGGUUCCGCAGAAUUUUGUCUCUUCUUUCGACUUCAUCGAAUCGUUUUCUAUCGGAUUCCAGCAUCAUUCAGCAGUUUAGACUCUACUCUCAAGGUCCAGAUCUGACCUCCAAUCUCUGUUAGGUUUGUUUUCAAUUAUUGUAAUUAUAAAUUUUAAAUUUUUAUUAAGUUUUAAUCAAUUAGGACUGUUUUUUUGUUGUAGUAUGUUCAUCGCUCAUAGCUAUUAUUAGUAGUAAUAAUGAAGUAAAGUUAUAUUUUGAUGAUAAUCUGUUGUUUUAUUUCAUACAAAGAUUUGAGACUCUUGGAGAUGCUUUAAAACUCUUUAAUCACAUUUACAGUUAUAAAUCUUGUCAAGUUCUCUUUUUAAAAUUUGCUUUAUGUUUUUUAAGUUGAAGAUAAUAGUGAAUACUAUUUGACUUAUAAAGUAUUUGGAAAACCCUUUUUGUUUUUUGUGGAUAGAGAAGGUGUUUAGUUGCAUACUUGCAAAGUUAUUACAGUAAAACUUGUUGAAAAACCUAUGAUGGAAAACCAAUACCUAUUAGGAGAAAAUCAAUGUCUCUUGAGAAAAAUAAAAAAAAAACUUUUGUACAUUUCAGAAUUUUAUAGGUUUUUUUAUAAAGGUAUUAGAACCUCUCAAGUAGUGUAUGAAUGACUAUGAGGUCACUUAUAACUUGGAAAGUAUUUAUGUCUCCAAAAUGAACGUCUUUUCAUUUUGACAAUUUACAAAAAGGUACUUUAUAAUUUAUUCAACUAUUGACUUUAAUUCA